AUGUCACCAACGACCAUCAAUGCCACCACCAACCUAACCAAGCCCAAUGUUGCCAACAGCAGUGAAACCACCACCACCACCAUCACCACCACCACCGUUACCACUUCUAUCAUCUCCAUCUCUAUCAUCUUCACCAUGAAAUUAUCAUCAGAUGGUGGGGUGUGGGUGGUGCUGCUUUCCCCAGGGGGUCAGCAAGCACUGGGGAAGCCCCUGAGAUGUCUGGCCUCUCUGUCCUCUCCCACCCUGUGUCUCUCUCCUCAUUUCCCUCUGCCUCUCUGCCAAGAAGGGGACAGCCGGAGGCUGAAGGGGGCCAUUCAGAGGAGCACGGAGACGGGCCUGGCGGUGGAGAUGCCCAGCCGGACGCUGCGCCAGACCAGCCAUGAGUCCAUCGAGGACAGCAUGAACAGCUACGGCUCGGAGGGCAACCUUAACUACGGGGGAGUCUGCCUGGCAUCGGAUGCACAGUUCAGUGACUUCCUGGGCAGCAUGGGGCCAGCGCAGUUUGUGGGCCGCCAGACCCUGGCCACCACACCGAUGGGGGACGUGGAGAUUGGCUUGCAGGAGCGGAAUGGUCAGCUCGAAGUGGACAUCAUCCAGGCGCGGGGACUGACGGCCAAGCCAGGCUCCAAGACACUGCCAGCGGCCUAUAUCAAGGCCUACCUGCUGGAGAAUGGCGUCUGCAUUGCCAAGAAGAAGACCAAAGUUGCUCGCAAGUCAUUGGACCCACUGUAUAACCAGGUGCUGCUGUUUCCUGAGAGUCCCCAGGGCAAAGUCCUGCAGGUGAUCGUGUGGGGUAACUAUGGACGGAUGGAGCGGAAGCAGUUCAUGGGUGUGGCCCGAGUGCUGCUGGAGGAACUGGACUUGACCACCCUGGCCGUGGGCUGGUACAAGCUCUUCCCCACCUCCUCCAUGGUGGACCCAGCCACAGGCCCCCUGCUCCGGCAGGCAUCCCAGUUGUCCCUCGAGAGCACCGUGGGGCCCUGCAGUGAGCAAUCUUAGUGCCAGGAACGGGGAGGGGCUCCCUGAGAUGGCCUGGAGACCACCCAGCCCCGACCUGGGACCCCAGGCCCAGGGGCAUCUUGAACAGAGGAGGACGGGGUUCUCCCCCACAGUGGGGAAGCAGAAUAGGGAGACCUACCCACCUUGGACCCUCCUCACCCUUCUUUGCCUCCUAUCCCCUGAGACCUUUCCUUUCCCAGUGGGAUUGGCUGCACUUUUGACUUGGCCGGUUCUUGACCUGGUGGAUGUGGCUGCAAUCCGAAGAAGGGAAGACUGAGGUGGCAGAGCAAACCACUCUCCUGCCCCAGACACUAUCUGACUGCUCCCCUCUUUGCGUCCUCGGAAGCUCGCUCCCCGGAGCCAAGUCCAGAACCCAGCAGCCAUCUCCAUGGUGCCAACUACCAGCAAGUGUCUUUCCUGCGGCACCGGGUUCAGGCAGCUACACCUGCCCCAAAGCUGAUGGGGCAGCUUUGCAAGGAUCCGGAGCCAGCUCCGAGGGGCCCUGAGCCCCCCGCUUAAAGAGGAGCUCCGGCCUCCCUCCGCCUGCCCGUGGAAGAAGCUUUGCCGCAGCCUGUCCAAGUCCAUCUGUCUGUCCCCUCCUGCCUGCCUCUCUUCCAGUGGAAUUGGGGUCCAGCAGGGACCAAAGGAAGGGAGGAGGUGCCCAGGGCCUGGCACAGACCCCCUGGGGUGCCUUGCUCUGUGCGAUUGAAACAAGUUGCUGUGGAAACUGUGGGACUGGAAGGAACUUUGUCAUCUGGGUUUUGGGGGAGGAGCUGUGGGACCUUCAUUUCUCAGAACCCCACGCCCAGAGGGCUCACAGUCUCUGCAUUUUGGGGUGUUGGAUUGGAGAGGGAAUCUAAGGAAAGCUGGGGUUGGGAUUGGUGGUGCCAAGGUGAGGGUCUCCCAAAUAGGAGAAUCCCUUCUUGUUGGAUGAGGUCAAAAGUCAUCUUGCCUAUCCCUUUGCCUCCAGGCUAGGGGCCUGGAGAGGCCACAGAUCUCCCCUACUUUAGUGUUUUUAAACAAACCAUGUGUAUUAAGGGCAGCACCCACUGCCCUGGCCUCAAUUACCUUGGCUCAAGGAGAGAAAGAGAGGAGGUAUGAGUCAAAGAACCGUGAGAUUCCUUCUUGAGUAGGGCCUGGGUAGCUGCCUUCCUGGCCCAGCCCUCCCCGGGGCCCACGGAAGCCCUUUUGCAUGCUGGGGAGGACUCGGGCUGGCCCCUCUUUAUAGAAGCACAUUUCUGCCACCUCCCCUGGGAGGCACCCAGCAGUCCACCACCCCUCAUUACCCAGUCCCUGCUGUGUAGGGCGUAGUCCAGGUUAGCUGGGUAGUUAGUGUUCUAAGCCCCGGGCCUGUCCUUAGCUCGCACGUAGUUUUCACAGAGUCCCAGGGUGGAGUGGAGAGGAGACACAAGAACAUUCCAGGAGACCACGGUCUCCUUGCUGGCCUGGGCCGUGGCUCAGGAGGCCAGCCCUCCUUCUCCCCCUGCCUUCCCCUCCCCCUGUAGGAUUGUAGCUGGAGCUGCCCACUAUACUCAGAUGUUCUGAUUUAUUAUCCUUGGUACUGAUUUUAUUUAUGAAGCAUUCCUGAGGAUGUGGGCCUUGGUGGAGGGGGCCUGGACGCUAUUAGUAGGGGUGGUUUUCCUCUGAGGACACCCGGCUGUGUCCAGUCCCACCUUAUCCCUGGUUCCACUGUAGGCUGCUGACCAGGUGAUUCUUUCACCUGGAAUUCCUUAGCCCCGCCCCCACC